GGGAAGUUAGGGACGCCCCAACCUCGGAGACGCUGCGCCGUGCAGCCGGCCCUAGAGCCGCUCUCACCACAGCUGCCUCGUCCAACCGGGGGAGGUCGCGGCCGCCGAGCGAUGGCCCGCCGCAGCCGGGACGGGCGCCCCGGCCUGUCCGCGCCGCCGACCCCGCCGCUGCUGCCGCUGCUGCUGUUGGCCGCCGCGGUGUCGCCGAGCCUGGCAGGAGUCCACUAUGCAACUGUGUACUGGAUGCCUGCUGAAAAGACAGUACAAGUCAAAAACGUACUGGACAGGAAUGGGGACGCCUAUGGCUUUUACAAUGACUCUGUGAAAACCACAGGCUGGGGCGUCCUGGAAAUCAGAGCGGGGUAUGGUUCUCAGGCCCUGAGCAAUGAGAUCAUCAUGUUUGUGGCUGGCUUUUUGGAGGGUUACCUCACUGCCCCACACAUGUAUGACCACUUCGUUAACCUCUACCCACAGCUGAUUGAGAAACCUUCCAUCGUGGAUAAAGUGCAAGAUUUUAUAGAGAAGCAAGAUCAGUGGACCCGGAAAAACAUCAAAUAUUACAAGGAUGACCCAUUUUGGAGACAUACAGGCUAUGUUGUGACACAAAUGGAUGGAUUGUAUGUAGGAGCCAUGAAGAGGGCUAUGUUAGAAAAGACAAAGCCUAUGACCCUGUUCCAGAUUCAGUUCCUGAAUGCCAUUGGAGAUCUGUUGGAUCUGAUUCCCUCAGUUUCUCCCACAACAAAUUCCAGCUUGAAGGUUUUUAAGAGAUGGGACAUGGGACAUUGCUCUGCCCUUAUUAAGGUUCUUCCUGGAUUUGAGAACGUCUUUUUUGCUCACUCAAGCUGGUACACGUAUGCAGCCAUGCUCAGGAUAUAUAAACACUGGGACUUCAACAUCAAUGAUAAAGACACGAGCAGUAGUCGCCUCUCUUUCAGCAGUUACCCAGGAUUUUUGGAGUCUCUGGAUGACUUUUACAUUCUUAGCAGUGGCUUGAUAUUGCUACAGACCACAAAUAGUGUGUAUAAUAAAACCCUACUGAAGCUUGUGGUACCCCAGUCUCUCCUGGCGUGGCAAAGGGUCCGUGUGGCCAAUAUGAUGGCGAAUGGUGGCAGGCAGUGGGCAGAGAUCUUUUCAAAGUACAACUCUGGCACCUACAACAAUCAAUACAUGGUCCUGGACCUGAAGAAGAUAAAGCCGAAGUACAGCCUUGACAGCGACACUCUGUAUAUUGUGGAGCAAAUUCCUACAUAUGUAGAAUAUUCUGACCAAACUAAUGUUCUACGGAAAGGAUAUUGGCCCUCCUACAACAUUCCUUUCCAUGAAAAGAUCUACAACUGGAGUGGCUAUCCAAUGUUAGUUCAGAAGCUGGGUUUGGAGUACUCCUAUGAUAUGGCUUCACGAGCCAAAAUCUUCCGGCGUGACCAAGGGAAAGUGACUGAUAUGGCAUCCAUGAAAUAUAUCAUGCGAUACAACAAUUAUAAAAAGGAUCCUUACAGUAAGGGCGAUCCCUGCAAUACCAUCUGCUGCCGUGAGGACCUGAACUCACUUAACCCAAGUCCUGGAGGUUGCUAUGACACGAAGGUGGCCGAUAUCUACCUAGCAUCAGCGUACACAGCCCAUGCCAUCAGUGGUCCCACAGUACAAGAUGGCCUCCCUGUUUUUCACUGGAACCGUUUCAACAAAACUCUCCACCAGGGCAUGCCAGAGACCUACAACUUUGAUUUUAUUAUCAUGAAACCAAUUUUGAAACAGGACACAAAAUGAAGGAGGGAUUUGAGGGAAUAGAAGGGAAUAGAAGGUCGCAAAUAAGAUUCCAAAGGCACUAUUUUAGCUAUGUUUUUUCCAUUCAGAAUUAAUCUUAAUAAAAUAUAUUAAAUU